AUGCUCAUUUUUUGGCUUGUUAUUUUAAAAAUUUUAUGUAUUAAAAUCAAGUCAAGUCCUCAUGAAUAUAGAUUACUACAGGAUUUAAAACAAGAUUAUGAUACAAGUGAACGACCAAUACUGAAUCAUACAGAGGCUGUUGAAGUUAAUCUAAGAGUAUUAUUACAACAAAUUGUUGAUGUUGAUGAAAAAAAUCAAAUAUUAAAUUUGGUUCUUUGGACACAAUUUACAUGGAGUGAUUAUAAAUUAAUAUGGGAUCCAGAAGAAUAUGGUGGUAUAAAGACAAUACAAUUACCACCUGAUUCUGUUUGGAAACCUGAUAUCUUAUUAUUUAAUUCUGCUGAUGAUAAAUUUGAUGCAAAUUUUCCCGUUAAUGUUGUUAUUCAAAAUAAUGGACAUGUAUUAUAUGCACCACCAGCAAUUAUUAAAACAUCAUGUAACAUUGAUUCUAGAUGGUUUCCUUGGGAUAGCCAAUUAUGUUAUUUAAAAUAUGGUUCUUGGACAUAUGGAAGAGAUCAACUAGAUUUGGCAGUUGAUUCAUCAGGACUAGAGUCACCACAUCAAAUGGAUUUAUCAUAUUAUGUAAAACAUGGUGAAUGGGACAUAAUAAGCACACCAGCACGUAGAAUAGCAACUGAAUUUAAUAAUAAAAAAUAUGUAGAAUUAUAUUUUUAUAUUCAUAUUAAAAGAAAAAGUUUAUACUAUGUUAUCAAUUGGAUUAUUCCAAGUUCCAUAAUUAGUAUUACAAAUGUUCUUGGAUUUACACUUCCAUCAGAAUGUGGUGAAAAAAUAACACUUCAAAUUACAAAUUUACUAUCAGUUUUAGUUUUUCUUGGAAUGGUUUCGGAUGUCACACCUGUUACCAGUGAAACAAUUCCAAUUAUAGCUUUAUUUUUUUCAGCAUCAAUGUUAAUACUUGGAGCUUCAAUUGUUUCAACAAUUUUAAUUAUUAAUAUAUUCUUUCGUAAUCCCAAGACACAUAAAAUGACUCCAUGGAUGAAAAAAAUUUUUCUUGAAUAUUUACCAUGGCUUCUAUUAAUGAAUCGACCAGAUAAAUUUUUUAAAAGACCUGAAAAGAUAAUUCCCUGUAAAAAAAGGUAUAAAAAGUAUGAUACAGUUAUUCCACCUAAAUAUAAUUCAUUAUCAAAUCCUAAAUUGAAAGAAAAUUCAAGUAUGACUGGAAGAUUAAUGAGAGUUAAUUCAAUAGCUUCUUUAGAACGUAUUACAUCACUUCAUGCUGAAAAUGAAGCCUGGAAAUCAGUUGGUGGACCAUUACUUCGUUAUAAUCAAGAUUUAAUAAAUCAUGUAGAAAGAAAAAAACGAAAAUUAUUGGUAAAAAAAAUGUCUGAAAGAACUUUUUAUUCAACAAAUGGAACAUGUGAAGAUUCUGAUGAUUUAUCAUCAUUAAGGCAUGAACAAUUGCAAGACUCUACAAAAUAUAAUGAAAAUAAACAUGACUUAUUAUAUAAUUCAGAAGGUUAUUGUUGCAGAAAUGUAUGUAUUAAUGAAAAUAAAAAAUUUGAUAAUUUAAUAACGGAACUUCAUGAUUUUCUUAAAACAGCAAAACAAAAAAUUGCUGAUGAAGAGGAGGAAGAAAAUGAAAAUGCCGAUUGGAAAUUUAUGGCACUAGUUGUGGAUAGAUUAUCUUUAUAUAUAUUUUGUAUAUUAAUUUUAGCAGCAAUAAUUGUUAUUCCAUGUUCUUUACCAUCAGAAGAGACCAAUUACCAACUCGUUGAAUGA